AUGGAGCCGCAUCAGAAUGAAGCAACCACUGCAUCCUUGACUGAAAAAGUUACUCCGGCAGUCAAGAAAACCCUCCUAAUCCUGCACUGCAUCCUAUUAUCCGUCGGAAACUCUUUUGGCCCGAUAAUCACUCGCCUCUACUUCCUCCACGGCGGCCACCGCAUCUGGCUGAGAGGAUUCGUUGAGACAGUUGGGUGGCCGUUCACUUUGAUCAUCCUCAUUGCUCUCUACUUCCACCGCCGUGUUGCCGGAAGAAACAACGGUAACAACCGCCCAACAAAAUUCAUUUAUAUUCGUCGGAGAUUAUUCAUAGCGGCGGCUCUGAUUGGUGUUCUAACUGGUCUCGCCAACUACUGUUACUCCUUUGGCUUCUCCCACCUCCCUAUCUCCACAUACGCAGUCAUCAAUGCGACUAGACUCAUUUUCGUGGCCACUUUCGCUUUUAUUCUCGUAAAACAUAAGUUCACACCCUAUUCUAUAAAUUCGGUGGUGCUUCUCACUGUUGGGUCAUUGCUGAUGGCACUUCAUGCUAGCGGCGAUCGCCCUGAAGGGGAGACGAAAAGGGACUAUGUUUUGGGGUUUUUUAUGACGGUGGUGGCAGCGGCGUUGUAUGGGUUUGUGUCGCCAUUGAUGGAGCUAAGUUUCAACAAGGCAAAGCAGGAGAUCACGUAUACACUUGUGUUGGAGGUUCAGAUGGUGAUGUGUCUCUUUGCUACUGUGUUUUGCAUGGUGGGGAUGAUCUUCAACAAUGAUUUCAAGGUGAUUUCGAGGGAGGCAAAAGAUUUUGGAUUAGGAAAAACGAAUUAUUAUGUGAUUUUAAGUGUGAGCAUAAUAUUGUGGCAGUGUUUCUUCGUGGGAUCAAUGGGAGUCAUAUAUUAUGGAUCGUCGUUUUUAUUAGGGGUCAUAGCUACGAUCCAAAUUCCGGUGAUGGAGAUAUUCGCCGUGACUUUAUUCAAAGAGAAGUUCCAAAGCAUAAAGGCUGUUGCUCUUGUUUUAUCUCUUUGGGGAUUCCUUUCCUUUUUCUAUGGCGAGUAUAAGUACACGAAAAUGAAGAAGGUUAAUACACAAUCUACUCUUGAAGUAGUGUAG